UGUUGUAAGGAGGACACUUUUGAACAGGCAGUGUUUGAGGUAACAUGGAACAGAAGAACACACCAGUGACCGGUGGCGUAGGCAUACUUCAUAGAGUCAAAGAUGGGAAGCAUCACUAUGAAGUGGACACCGUUUUUAAGGACGGGAAAGACAAAACAAGAUUUUUCAUGAGAACAGGAGAUCAACUCUUGAAGAUGAAUGGAUUCGACAUGGGGGAUUUAUCCCCAGAGAUGUUUGCAGACCUGUUGUCUAAAGGCAGUCCUAUGCUGGCAGUCCACCACCCUGGGGUAAGGGGUGACCCUGAGGAGGCUCCAGAGAAAACAGGGGGCUUCUGUCCGUUCUACAAAGAGGAGACUGUCCUGACGAUCUCCAUGAACAUGGUGACUGACCCAAACCUGCAGGUCUGUUGUCAGGAAGAUGAAGAUCUCCAGGGAGAUGAAGAUCUCCAGGGAGAUGAUGACUGUGAGCUGGAGACUGUUCUGCUAGUCAAGAUGGUGGGCACUACGGUGGCUGUGGUGAGAGGCCGGGGCUGUCUACACGGGGAGACCUGCAAGGACUGUGGCACCACAGACUGCACUCUUGACGACAUUGUGUUCGUGUCAGAAAGGGUUGAAGUGUCUCAGGAGCCCUCUGAUUUCCAAAUAGACAUCGAGAAAGAAAACAUGGCUAUCAAUGACUACAGAAGUCAAAUGUUUCUAACUCACAAGGCAAACACGGCCUGUUUGAAGGAAACACGAGCAAAAAUGACAAUUUACUAUUACGAGUCAGAUCAAAUGGAUGGUAUAGGUGAAAGUAAAGGAAUGCCAGUUGUCUUGAAGUUUACGGAUUCUGACAAGUUCCUAAAAUGUUCCAGAACUGGCGAUGAUGUGACUUUGAGUGUCAUGUCAUGCCAGAAAGACCUGAAGUUCAUCUCUAAGAACGAUAAGGAGAAAUUGUCAUUCGUCUUCUACAUGAAGGAAGACCAGAGCAAAGGGCAUCUUUUCGAGUCCGCAAGCUGUGAGGGCAGGUUUCUUCAUGCUCUCUCAUCCAAAGUGUAUGUAAAAAAACGUGACCAAAUACAAGAAAAGGAUUCACUGUACUUUUUUAUCCAUACCAUUUCUAAGUAGUUGAAAAAAGACGCACAACCAUUUAAUAUAAAAACAAGGUUAUAGGCCAUUUGCAUGUAACUGCCAUUGUAUACAUUAAUACUAUCAUCUCACUUUCAACAAUACAUGUUCUUUUAGGAAUUAAGUCAGCUGUCGGAAACAGGAAUAAACUUCAUACCGUGUUGAAAGCAUGGUCUUUUAUUUAUAUCUGACAUUAAUAAUGUUACAUAGUGUUACAUAAUCAUUUCAAAUACCACAUCUUCUGACAUAGCACACCUUCAAGGAUAUAAACAUAUUACUUAGUUUCUCCAUGACUCCAUUGUUUCAAUUAUAUCAGUAAUGUUAGACUGUGCAUCUGAUCAAAUAAAAACAAAUAAACGAGUAUAUUACUGUC